AUGUCUGUGCGCGAACUUUUUUUUCUAUUUGGAUGGCUUAUUACGAAUACUUAUGGUGAAAGUUUAAGACCACCUUAUUUAAAUCUUGCUCGGGAAAAACAUAUAACUGUAGCAGCAACAUCAACAUGUGGAGAAUUUAUUGAUAAACAAAAUCGAAAUAAAACAAAAUAUAAAAAAGAAUUAUAUUGUAAAUUAACUGGUUCAUCACCUUAUGAAAAAGAUUAUAAGGAUUCAAAUUUAAUCUAUGGACAAUAUUGUGAUUAUUGUGAUCCAAGUGUACCAGAUAAAAAACAUAUUGUUAAUUAUACAAUUGAUGGAACAGAUCGAUGGUGGCAGUCACCACCAUUAUCACGCGGUCUUGAAUAUCAAAAAGUGAAUAUAACAGUAGAUCUUGGUCAAGAAUAUCAUAUAGCAUAUAUAUAUAUUCGUAUGUCAAAUUCACCUCGACCAGCUGUGUGGUCAUUGGAACGAUCAACUGAUUAUGGAAAGACAUUUUCAACAUGGUACUAUUUUGCUAGUGAUGUUGAAUGUCGUACAGUAUUUGGAGUGCAACCAUUCGUCAAUCGUUCAUUUACACGAGAUGAUGAUGUUGUUUGUGAAACAAAAUAUGCCAGUCGUAUACCAUUAGAAGGAGGUGAAAUGGUCAUAUCAUUAAUUAAUGAUCGACCAAAUAGUAAAAACUUCUCCUAUAGCGAUACUUUACAACAAUGGACACGUGCAACAAAUGUUCGUUUAAGAUUACUUCGACCAACAACAUUACAUUCUCAUUCAAUUAUUCAUGAUAGUCAUGAUAAAUCAGUAACAAGAAGAUAUUUUUAUUCCAUCAGAGAUAUUGGUAUCGGUGGACAUUGUCAAUGCAAUGGUCAUGCUGAAUCAUGUGAUAAACCUCAUUCAAAAAGUCCAAAUAAAAUGGUUUGUCGUUGUCGACAUAAUACAUGUGGUGAUUAUUGUCAAGAAUGUUGUGAACCAUUUGUACAAAAAAAAUGGCGUCAAUCACGUGAUGCUGAUGCAUUUGAAUGUGAACCAUGUCAAUGUUAUGGUCAUUCAAGUGAAUGUGUUUAUGAUGAAAAAAUUGCUGAAGAAAAAUUAAGUAUUGAUAUACAUGGAAAAUAUGAAGGUGGUGGACGUUGUCUUAAUUGUCAACAUCAUACAGAAGGUAUCAAUUGUGAACGAUGUGUACGUGGAUAUUUUCGAAAUUUUACACGGAAAGUUAGUGAUGUUGAUAUGUGUCAAUCAUGUAAAUGUAAUUUAAAAGUUUCAACGGGUACUUGUGCAGAAGGCACAGGUAAAUGUGAAUGUAAACCACAAUUUGCUGGAUUAGAAUGUGAUGAGUGUGCAGUUGGAUAUUUUGAUUUUGCUGCUGGAUGUAAACCAUGUUUAUGUUCAAUUAAUGGUACAGCUGAUCAUAAAUGUUUACCAGAUUCUGGUCGUUGUGUAUGCAAAAUGAAUUUUGAUGGAGAUUAUUGUGAUCGUUGUGCACCAGGAUAUUAUAAUUUUAAAGCUGGCUGUCUUCCAUGUGAAUGUGAACGUGCUGGUAGUGAUGGAAAUAUUUGUGAUACUGAAACUGGACAAUGUCCAUGUCGAUUAAAUUAUCAAAAUCGAACAUGUGAUACAUGUAAAAAUGGUCAUUAUGGUUACCCAGGUUGUUUACCAUGUGUAUGCAAUCAUAAUGGUUCAACACCGGAAGUAUGUAAUAAAGAUACAGGUGCUUGUUUAUGUAAAGCAAAUUUUACUGGACAUACCUGUGAACAAUGUGCAGCUGGAUUCUUCAAUCAUCCAACAUGUGAACCAUGUGCUUGUGAUUUAACUGGAGUUAUAUAUGAUGCAUGUGAUCAACGUGGUCAAUGUCAUUGUAAGGCAAAUUUUGGUGGACGACAAUGUAAUCAAUGUGCACCUGGUUAUUUUCGUUAUCCGGAUUGUGUUCCAUGUUCAUGUGAUAUGCAUGGAUCAUUAGGUUUAAGUUGUGAUCAAACGACAGGACAGUGUGUAUGUAAAAGUAAUUUUAUUGGUGAAAAAUGUCAAGAAUGUGCACCGGGAUUAUUUAAUUUUCCAUAUUGUGAAGAAUGUAAAUGUGUUCCAGCUGGUGUACGAAAUGAUUUUCCUGGUUGUGGUCGACAUAAUAUUCCAGGUGUUUUAUGUUUAUGUAAACAAAAUGUUGAAGGAAGACAAUGUGAUCGUUGUAAAGAAGGUUUUUGGAAUAUGAAAACAUCAAAUCCACUUGGAUGUGAAUCAUGUGAUUGCUCUGAUUCGGGUACAAUAGCUCAUUUAAAUACUUGUGAUUCAACAACAGGUCAAUGUCCAUGUAAAUUAACUACACAAAAUUCGACUGUACGUUGUGAUGUAUGUGCUGAUGGUUAUUAUUCAUUAGCACGUAAUAAUGUUUUUGGUUGUGAACCAUGUCGAUGUUCACUUGGUGGUUCAUUACAUAGUAUAUGUGAUAAACAAACAGGACAAUGUGUUUGUCGCCCAUCGAUUGUUGGUCGUGAAUGUAAUCAACCAGCAUUAGGACAUUUUUUUCCAAGUUUACAUCAUUUACAAUAUGAACUUGAAGAUGGUUUAACAGUAAAACAUCAAACACCUGUUCGUUAUGAAUUUGAUUCAAGUGAUUUUGAAAAUUUUUCAUGGAAAGGUUAUGUUAGAUAUUCAUCAUUGCAAUCCGAAGUACAAUUACAUAUACAAUUAAUUAAACCAACUGCUUAUCGACUUUUAAUCCGUUACAAAACAUAUAAUAAAACAUCAAUGGAUAGUAAUAAUUUAGAUUAUAAAUUACCACAAAUAAAUGUAAAUUUUGCAUCAAUACGAGAAACAGGUACAGCAGCACCACAAACAUUUGAUAUUGAUCUACCACAAUCUGAUCGUCAAGCAACAUUUGCUACGGCUAGUACACUUUUAACAAGUGAUGCUGCACCCUACAAUGAAUAUUUAUUAACAUUAAAAACAACAGAUCCAGUUUUAAUUGAUUAUAUUGUUUUUGUUCCUAUUGAUUAUAUUGAAGCUCAAGCACUUCAACAAACUGAUGCAUUUGCAUAUGGUCGUCCAUGUGAAUUAGAUGAUGAAGAAGAAUGUUAUCAAUAUACUUAUCCAUUAUUAAAUGGUAUGUCAAGUAUAAGUCAUCCAUCAUCAGGUUCAACACCAAAUGGUAUUGUUAUUGAUUCUAAUCUUCUUGAAGAAUUAUCAAUUGAUUCAUUAACAACUAUUGAACGUGGUCGUGAUUAUCGUUAUGAUUGGAUUAUAUCAAAACCAGGUCAAUAUUAUCUGCUUGUUGAUUAUCAUACUAUUGAUGCUGGAACAUCCUAUGCUCGAGUUCAAACAAUUGAUGGAGAUAUGAUGCCUGGAUCAUUAGUAUUAACUGAAUGUCCAUAUACAUUUGUAUGUCGACAAAUGGUAACUACAUUAAGUAAUGGUGGUAAUCAACGUAUAAGUAAACCAAAAUUAAUGACUGUUACUGAUACGCGACGUGCAACAGUUAUAUUAAAUGUUGUUCAACAAUCUGAUCGAAGUAGUCCAAUUGGUAUACAAAAAAUAACUGCUGUACCUAUGAAUCAAUUUAAUUAUGAUCUUCUUCGACCACAAUUUAUAUGUGUACGUGGUACAUCAGAUGAUGGUCCACAUGGUUUACCAAUAUGUAGUGAUUCAAAUAAACCAUUAGGUAGUUCAUUAACAGCACCAGUUCAAAUUUUUCAAGCUGAAGAUUAUUAUAAUGAACAUUUAAAAACAACGAAUUUUCCAAAUGCACCAGAAAAUACUGCUGUUGUUCCAUUGAGCUUUUCUACACCAAAUAUCUAUGUUUAUGGACGUUUAACUGAUGUUUAUACUAAAACAGAAAAUUAUCCAGCUUUAUUUCAAUUUCAUAUUCAUUAUUUUCAAUCAAAAUCCUAUUCAAUAUCGGAUACAAUUCCAUUAACUGUUAUUUUCUAUAGUCGUACAGGCGAUAGUCAAAUUGGUGAAAUAAAUGCACCAAUAUGUCAACGAUUUACACAAGGUGGUUGUUCACAAAUAGUUACACUUCAAAAUGGUUCAACAGCUAUAAGACUUGAUGAACCAGAAUUUACUGCUUAUUUAGCAUUAACAAAUCCAAAUACAUCACUACUUAUUGAUUAUAUUACAGCUCAAAAAAUUGAACCAAAUGCAGAAAAAGUUGUAACACCAGUAUUAACUACAGCUGAUGCUGAUCGUGCAUCAAAAUUUGUUCAAGAUUGUAUAACAAAAUCAGCACCUAAUUAUGAUCCUAAAAUUCAACAAGCAAGUUCAUUUUGUCGUCAAGCACUUUAUUCUUUAUCGGCAACAUUUAAUGAUCAAGCAUCUCAAUGUUUAUGUGAUGUACGUGGUUCAGUAAAUCCAAAUGGACAAUGUGAACCUUAUGGUGGACAAUGUUCUUGUAAACCUAAUGUUAUUGGUCGACGAUGUGAUCGUUGUCGAACAGGAUAUUGGGGUUUUCCAAAUUGUCGACAAUGUACAUGUCCAACAAAGAUAUGUAAUGAAUUAACAGGUGAUUGUAUUUGUCCACCAAGAGUUACAGGACGUUAUUGUGAUCAAUGUGCACCACGAACAUAUGGUUUUGAUCCAUUAAUUGGUUGUGAAGAUUGUCAAUGUCGAAUUGAAGGUGUUAUUAAUGGACGUCUUGAUUGUGAUCUUCGAACAGGUCAAUGUCCAUGUCGUGAAAAUAUUGGUUCACGAACAUGUGAUCGCUGUGCUCCAGGUCAUUAUGAUUAUCCACGUUGUAUGAAAUGUGAUUGUGAUACAGCUGGUACACUUGAACCCAUAUGUGAUACAUAUACAGGUACUUGUUUAUGUAAAGAAAAUGUUUAUGGUCCACGAUGUGAUCGAUGUACGGAUAGUACAUUUGCUUUAUUAUCUGAUAAUCCAAAAGGUUGUACAAAUUGUUAUUGUUUUGGUUCAACAACACAAUGUCAUUCAGGUUUAUUUAAUUAUCGUUUUAUUCGUAAUAUGUCUGAUUGGUCAUUAACACGAUCUGAUGUACGUUAUGAUCGACGUGAAACACGUUUAACAAUGUUUAUGAAUUAUGAUAAUAAUGAUCAAUCAGCAAUAUAUUGGUCAGCACCAAGACAUUAUUUAGGAAACAAAAUUCUUUCCUAUGGAGGAAAUUUAACAUUUAAAUUAAGUUAUACAUCAACAACAAAUAAUUAUAAUCAAAUAUUAAAUAAACAUCCAUUAGUUAUACUUCGUGGACGUGAUUUAACAAUUGUUCAUUAUUAUACACGACCAAUAGAAGCAAAUCGUCCUGAAGAAGAUAUAUCAAUUACAUUGAAAGAAGCUAAUUUUCGUUUUCAAACACGUUCAUCAACGGCUGUUACACGUGAUACAUUUUUACAAACACUUAGUAAUAUAUCAAGUUUACAUAUUCUUGCAUGGCCAUAUUCAGUUGAUUCAACAUCAAGUUCAAUUGUUGCUGUUCAAUUACAACAAGCUGAUUUAAAAUCAGUCAAUAAUAUAUCACCACAACGUCCAUUAGCACGUAAUAUUGAAGUAUGUUCAUGUCCACCAAAUUAUGCUGGUACAUCAUGUGAAACAUGUGCACGAGGUUAUUUUAAACAAUAUAGUGGAACAAAUGGUGCACAUAGUUAUACAUGUGUACCAUGUCAAUGUAAUGGACAAAGUGAUAUAUGUGAUGUUGAAACUGGUCAUUGUUUAUCAUGUCAAAAUCAUACAAUGGGAACAUAUUGUGAAACUUGUAUACCAGGUUAUAAUGGAGAUCCCGUACGAAAUAUUUCAUGUCGUAUUUGUUCAUGUCCAUUACCAAUGGAAUCAAAUAAUUUUGCAUCAACAUGUGAAAUGAAUGUAACAACAGGUGAUACUACAAGAUGUUUUUGUCAACAAGGUUAUUAUGGUGAUAGAUGUCAAUCAUGUUAUCCAGCAUUUUGGGGUGAACCAAGUAAAGUUGGUGGUCGAUGUUUACCAUGUGAAUGUAAUUCAAAUAUUGAUCCAUAUGAUUGGAAUGCUUGUGAUCAACAAACAGGACGAUGUGUUAAUUGUCUAAAUAAUACAGCUGGACAUUCAUGUGAACGUUGUCGAGAUUGGUUUUAUGGUGAUGCUAUUCGAAC